AUGAACUCUCUGAACGACCACCGUGUUAUAGUAACGUAUGCUUCUGCUCCGGGCUUCCUUGCGACAGACCACUGGAAGCAAGCGUAUGCGGCUCUCCUAUGUCAAUUUCCUCUACAUUCUCUCCAUUGGAAAUCUACCGCACGGAAUGCCAUACAGAACAUCCAAGAAUUAGAUGUGAAGCUGGUCCCGCUGGAUAGCUUGCGGGAUACGCAUACAUCUCAAAUCCCACGAACAUUACUGGAGAAGCCGUUGCUCAAUCUGUUUUUGGCGGUAUGCGAGGAUAACGAAACUUACAAAGGCUCCGUCAGAAAGCAGAUUAGAGACUGGCACGCAUCGGUUACUCAGCGUAGGAACCAGGAAUGGUUAAUCAUUCACCUCAUACGCCCGGAGGAAAAGACCGCCCAAGGUAGAAUAUUUCAAGUGAAGACGUCUGUCCUGGACAAUAUUAAGGCAAACUUCAACGUGGAGAAGAAGGACAGAUGUGUCCAGUUAGUCUGGUCAAUGGAGUACGAUAACCCUGCGGCUUGGGCCGAACUCAUCAACAAAAUGAAGGAGGGUAUCCUUUCGGCUUUCGACUCGAGUUUUACGCAGCGCGAGGAAGAGGUGAAACGAUCGGAAGGGCAGAGACAAAUGCCUGGGUGGAAUUUUUGUACAUUCUUCAUACUGAAGGAAAGUCUCGCCAUAUCUCUCGAAGGAAUGAGCCUUUAUGAAGAAGCGUUGCAGCAAUAUAAUGAGCUUGAAUCUUCGUUCUUCCGAGUGCUCCGGGAGAAGAAUCUAUCCUGGUUUGGGGCCUUUAUCUCCCCUGGUCCAACAGACGACUCCGCAUCGUUGCUGUCAGUAACCAAGAAAACGUACCGCGACCUUAUACUGGCAAACUCCAUCUCAAUAUUCGACUUCCGCGUGUAUCUUCUCGCACGUCAAUGUGCACUAUUGAGCAAAAUGGGCCGCGUCGUAGAGAUUUGCCGAAAGACCAUCACUUUCUUGACUGGUUUUGGACGACGUCUUCGAGAGCUUGAGGACACUUUACCUAUGUUUUUUGUCGAGUCCUGGACAUAUUCUUCCGCUCUCAGUGUCGUGGAGACAUGUGAUGCAUGGGCAGGCAAUGCAUCGUUCAGUAAGAUCAGUUCGGCUAGGUUCAGCGCUCUUAAGGGGGAAUUGUUAGAGUUGGCCCAACAACAACUAGAUAUCAUUGGUACGAAAGUCGGACAUCUGCCCAUGCGACCGCCCUUUUCAAUUGUCAUCCCCCCUCCCUCUCCUACAAUGGACAAACCAUCACAAGAACGAUCCACUCAAAAGAUCACGCGAUCUGAUUUAAUAACAGCCAUAGAUAAUCAAGAAUCCUUCUAUGACCUUUAUAUUCAGCUCGCGAACCGCGCCAUAGAGCUUUAUGCAAGCGCUGGUCGCCGUAAAUUUGCUCUCAAGCUGCACGGAAACCUUGCAGCGCUCGAUGUUGUCCGGAAACGGUUACCCAAUGCUUUCGAGACUUACAAGAGCUUGCCUGCGCAUUAUGCUCCCCACGGAUGGACUUCGCUAGAGACUUUCAUGCGUCUACAAGCAUUGUCGGUUCAUGCGUCGACCGCAAAAGCGAAGGAUGAAGACUGGGCGCAUAUCGUUCUCGACUUCUUCAAGGCAUAUGUCGAUGAUUUCGGAAAAGAAUUGACGAUGGACUUGGAGGAUGAGACGACAUAUAUAUCAGGUUUGGUGUCGGACUUGUGCAAUAGCGUACGCGAGCUACAACCAGAUUUGUUGUACCCUGACUACCCUGCAUUUUCAGUUCGCGUUGUGGAUAAGGUUGCUAGAUUGUCAAAUUCCGAGGAUGGCGCACUCUUAGAUGUGAACGUGCACAAUCACCUCCCAUGCGACUUCCCUGUUGAAGAGGUAGUUGUGACUCUUGUGGGUGCUGAAGGAGUCCAAUUAACAUUCUCUGCGAAUACACUGCCAUUAGUGUCCGGCACCACAAGGCUGACUCUAUUUUGUCCUUCAGCAACAGCAGGUGCCUUUGCGGUGCAGUUGAGCCAACUUAAGCUCUCUGGAUUGGUUUUUGAAUGGGUGGAUGCCAACGUCUCCGCAUGUUUGAAAGGGUCUAAAUUCAAAGAAGCCCCCAAGAUUGUUCGAAUUCCAAAGGAUCUUCAUGCUGUAGACGUCCGUCUUCGUCCACCUCAAUGCAUCGAGCUUGGUGCCCCCGCGAAACUUACUGUCGCAUUGCAUACAGGAAGGAAUACUAUUUCUACUGCUACUCUAAGAUUAUCUACACCCUCAGGGAUCCAAUUUCGGUUUGCAGAAGCAGUCCUGGAACCUCAAGGCCAAGUCACACUACAAACCUCCAAGGAAGCGAUCAAGCUAUCAGAACUAGACAGCGACAAGAUCGUCAAAAUUGAACUUCCACAUUCAGACGCUUCGUCUUACCAUAUACUAAGGGUCAAUAUUAAUCUGGAAUAUGUCGCCACUAUGCAACCUGCCCUUACCCGAAAGCUUAAAUUUGUGCGCUUUGUCGCUACAUCGCUUCCGAUGACUGUCAAUGUAGAGGACUUUUUCCGUGGAUCCAGGUUGUUCACUCGUUUUACGCUCUCCACCGCGUCACACCAGCAUAUCCGAAUACAGUCCGCGAAACUCAGGCCAUCAGAACAAGAUGGGGACCCCGUUAAGAUCACAGGAUGUCAGUCUCAAAAGCCUGCUAUUGUGACCAUUACUCCCGCUCAAUCAGGGCGAUUUGUAUUUCAACUGGAUGCUGCGCGCGGGCAAGGCAAGCUUGGAUAA